AUGAGAGAAGCGAUACAUAUGUUGGCUUCAUGGCAGUAUAGAGCACUUCUCCUCUUGGUGAUUGUUACUGCAUGUAUUGCAGAAGAGCGGGAUAUAUAUUUGGUCCUUGUAGAAGGCGAGCCGGUUGCGUUUCAUCACAGUUCAGUGUCUACCGAAGAAGGAAGAAAACCUGAUCCUAGCAGUGAAGUUUCCAAGGCCCAUGCAAAACACUUGGUGGAUUCCCAUGACAAGCUUCUAGAGAGCACUUUAGACAAAGGAAGCUACAACAAGCUCUACAGCUUCAAACACAUUGUCAAUGGCUUUGCUGUCCACACUACCCCUUCUCAGGCUGAAAAAAUGAAAAACGCCACUGGAGUUAAGCUGGUAGAGAGAGAUAGGAGAGCCAAAAUAAUGACAAGUUACACCCCUGAAUUCCUAGGGUUACCAGAAGGAGCUUGGACAGAGGAAGGAGGAGAGAGAAAUGCAGGUGAAGGUAUUGUGAUUGGUUUUGUGGACACUGGGAUCAACCCAGUACACCCAAGCUUCUGUUAUGAUCCCACAAAUCCUUUCCAGUCAAAUCUUUCUCAUUUUUCUGGUGCAUGUGAGGAUGGUCCUCGAUUUCCUUGGAGUUCCUGCAAUGGUAAGAUUGUUUCCGCAAGGUUUUUCUCAGCCGGGGCUCAAGCAGUUGCUACUCUUAAUGCCUCUGUCGACUUUCUCUCACCUUUUGAUGCAGUUGGACAUGGCAGUCAUGUGGCAUCAACUGCCGCCGGAAAUUAUGGAGUCCCAGUGGUCGUCGAUGGCUUCUGCUAUGGACGAGCCAGUGGGAUGGCGCCACGAGCGAGAAUUGCUGUUUAUAAAGCUAUAUACCCGAGCUUGGGAACUUUAGCAGAUGUGGUGGCAGCAAUUGAUCAAUUUUCACACAACGUUGUUUAUAAUUUCAUCACCAUGACAAGAAAGAAUCUGCUAUUUCUCAGUCAUGUGGCAUCAACUGCCGCCGGAAAUUAUGGAGUCCCAGUGGUCGUCGAUGGCUUCUGCUAUGGGCGAGCCAGUGGGAUGGCGCCACGAGCGAGAAUUGCUGUUUAUAAAGCUAUAUACCCGAGCUUGGGAACUUUAGCAGAUGUGGUGGCAGCAAUUGAUCAAGCAGUACUAGAUGGAGUUGAUAUCUUAUCACUGUCCAUUGGACCAGAUGAACCACCAGAAGAUACCAUCACUUUUCUGGGCACGUUUGACAUUUUCAUGUUAGGUGCACAGAAGGCCGGAGUUUUCGUGGUUCAAGCCGCCGGUAAUCAAGGGCCGGAUUACUCCUCCGUGGUGUCUUACAGCCCUUGGGCUAUCGGUGUAGCCGCUUGUCGCACAGAUAGAAGGUAUCCGGGUACUCUUAUUCUUGGCAAUGGUCAAACAAUUGAUGGUGUUGGAUUAUCAGGUAUCAAACCGUCCGGUGAAGUGUGUGCGACAUAUUUUACAAAGUACGAGAGUAUAUCGCGAUACUACGAGCAGCAAACAGACAGAGACCAGAGAGGCUUUGUGAUCAGAUUCAAUGCCAGAGCAUCCAUAGGAGAGGGAAGAAUUGCUUCUUACACGGGACGAGCGCCGAUCGUCAGCAGAUUCUCUUCAAGGGGACCCGAUUUCAUAGACCGUAGCCGGAACCCUACCGAUGUACUCAAGCCAGAUAUUUUGGCUCCAGGGCAACAAAUUUGGGCAGCUUGGAGCCCCAUGAGUAGUAUAUCGCGAUACUACGAGCAGCAAACAGACAGAGACCAGAGAGGCUUUGUGAUCAGAUUCAAUGCCAGAGCAUCCAUAGGAGAGGGAAGAAUUGCUUCUUACACGGGACGAGCGCCGAUCGUCAGCAGAUUCUCUUCAAGGGGACCCGAUUUCAUAGACCGUAGCCGGAACCCUACCGAUGUACUCAAGCCAGAUAUUUUGGCUCCAGGGCAACAAAUUUGGGCAGCUUGGAGCCCCAUGAGUGUUCUAAAUCCAAUCUUAUCAGGAAACAGUUUUGCACUGAUAUCUGGAACCAGCAUGGCAACACCCCAUAUUGCUGGCAUAGCUGCACUCAUCAAGCAGUAUAAUCCUUCAUGGAUACCAUCUACGAUUUUCUCUGCAAUGUCAACCACUGCCAGUAAGUACAAUAAUCUUGGAGAACUCAUAAUGGCUGAAGGACCUGAUAUCCAUAGCUUAUACCCGUCUACUCCUUUCGAUUUUGGUGCUGGCCUAGUCAAUCCGACCCGUGCCCUGGAUCCAGGCCUCGUCUUUUCAUCGGAAUAUGAGGACUACAUAAGCUUCUUGUGCUCUCUACCCAACGUUGAUCCAGCGACCAUCAAAACUGCAACCGGAGAAUUAUGCAGUCGCUCUUUUGGCAACCCCUCUGAUCUGAACAUCCCUUCAGUAACCAUAUCAGAACUUAGAGGAACACGAACCGUGCGAAGGAGUGUCAAGAACAUAGCUUGCAAGCCAGAGACCUACUUAUGUGCAGUGAUACCACCUAAGGGGGUGGUGGUUGAAAUACAUCCAUCAUGGUUUACAAUAGCUCCACAGAAAACCCAGGUUUUGGAAAUAAGACUCAAUGUGACUCAAGCACUUGAUGACUUCAGCUUUGUGACUGUUCUGCUGGAGUUCCGUGAAGAAUAA